AUGCUGAUCCAGAACAGCAUCUAUCUCCAGGAAGCGCAGACGGAGAAGGCGGUGGGGGAGAAGGUGUCGGAUGAGAUCGUGCUGAGUACCCAGAAGGGGCUGAUCGCCGUGAAGCUGGCGGUGGAGAGAGGCACCACGGCGCUGUACCUCAGCUCGGAAGGCGACCCGACCGUGUAUCAACGACUCAUCAAGAUGUACGAAGAAACGGACGAGGUGCUGAAUGCUCUCAAGAAGUGGCCGAGGGUGUCACGUGACGAACCGUGGCAGUUUCAGAGCCGUGAAAACCUGCAGAGCUACAUCCGGGACAACAGGCAGGUCCUCCUGGCCAAUCAGACGACAUUCGGUCAACAAAUCGAAUUCUACACAAACAUCAACGUGUUUUUCCUGUCGCACGUGGGAGACAUGGUUCGCGAGGGUGACACGAGCAAACUGUGGACAACAUCCGUGGCCUAUCACAUGAUGCUGACCAGUAAAGACUACAUCGGACUGGAGAGAGCUGUCGGGAGCAUCUACUUUGCAAAAGGAGGGCUUUCUGAAGAAGACGAAGGGCGGUACCACGAGGCCAGGUACAGGGGGCAGUCUUUCCUGGACGCAGCACGAUGGUACUCUCCCCAAACCGUCGCCAUCUUUGACAGAGAAUUCCAAAACACCACGCUACAGAACAACAUCCUCCGCAUGCGCGAGACCAUACUCAAGAACGAGAAAACCACGCCGGCUGUAGCCGAGGGCCUGAAGUGGUUCGACAACAUGACUACUUACAUCAGCAUUUUCCGUGAGGCGGAGAAACACCUGGCAGGAAAAAUCAUCACGAUUUCAGACGACAAAGUGGAGAAGAGCAGCACGGAGGUGACCAUAGACAUCGUGGUUCUGGUGCUGGUGAUAGUCGCCAGUCUGUUGAUCACAUCCGGAAUCUACCGGAUGGCGAACGACACUCAGUCCUUCGCCUCCCGACUGACCGAGCAGACGGAAGAGCUGAACGAAGAACGACAGAAGGCGGAGAAGCUGUUGUGUCAGAUCUUCCCGAAAUCCAUCGCGCAGAGCAUGACGAAAAACAAAGCCGUGCCGCCUAAAUACUUCGACAUGGUAACGAUCAUGUUUUCGGACAUCGUCGGCUUUGCUCGUAUCUCGGCGUCGCUGUCGUCCAACCAGCUGAUUGACCUGUUGAACCGCCUGUACCACACCUUCGACUCCGUCAUAGACCAGUACGACGCCACCAAACUGGACGGCUCAGGAGGUGCGUACGAAGUGGUGUCCGGGCUGCCGACGGUAAAUGACGGCCAGCACCCGGGGGAGAUCGCCUCGCUCGCUCUGCACUUCCUGUCGGCUGCCGAGGUGUUCGACCCCGUACAUGUUUCCUGUAAGAUCAAGCUCCGCAUCGGCAUCAAUACAGGUCCGUGUGUAGCAGGAGUGGUGGGGUACAAGCGGCCCCGGUACCAGGUGUUCGGAGAUACCGUCACUACCGCCAAGACCCUGGAGACCACCAGCGAAGGAAAUAAGAUCCACAUUUCCGGGGCGACCAAUGAAGAACUAGUCUUGACUGGUGUGUACAAAACUAUGCCGCGGGCGGACGUCCCUAAAGGCAUGAAGGGAUCAAAGACCUUUUGGCUCCUGUCCAAAGCAACGUCCAAGAUGGCGGGCUCUCAAGACCACAGCACCUUUUCUGUCUCCCUCAAAGUAAAGUAAAGCUACUGUACCGUCCAAGCUAAAGGUACAACAGUGCGGCAUUUAGAGAGAAUACAUAUAACAUACUUAGACACAGUGAUCAAAGUAGUAUAUAAAGAAUAGAUCGCUUCUAAACAUGCAAUGUUAAAAGAUAAUUCAUGAAUGACUAUCAAUGGCUUUCGUAAACGUACGAAUGACCUGAAACAAGGGUAGACUUUAUGGUAAUUCUACGUGCUGUUUUCAGUUAAAUGCGUGGCUUUGUGAUACGUUUGCUACCUUUGGUGAUAGAACUACCUACUAUUAAUCGACUCGAUGUCUGAAUCAGUAUACUGGGAGAGUCAGUGUUUCCGUCUAUUUUCUGGAUCAUGUGUCAUAUAUAUAUCAUAUAUUUACAAGUCCGUAUAUCAUAUUA